AUGAGAGCGAAACGUUCAAAGAAGUACCGCAAGCUUAUGCACCAGUAUGAACUCACAUUUGGGUUCCGUGAGCCAUAUCAAGUCCUGGUGGACUCGAAUUUCCUGCAGCAGGUACACAAUUUCAAGAUGGACUUGAUGCCUGCGUUAGAGAGGACAGUGCAGGGUCAGAUCAAACCACUCUUGACGAAAUGCUCUCUGGCUGCCAUCACUGCUGCACAGCCCAUCAACCCAAAGACUGGAAAGCCGUUCCGUCCUUAUCAUCUUCCACCGCCAACAGUACUGCCCCUCCGACACUGCUCACACAACCCAGCCUCGGAGCCUAUUGACGAGAUCGAAUGCCUCCUUUCGCUGCUUUCGCCCAAUGCAGAGGCCAAGAAGAACAAGGAGCAUUAUAUUCUAGCAACAGCCGACCCCGCAGUCAAAAAGUCAGACAACAAUAAUGAUACGCAACAACGCAAGCGCAAGCGAGAUGAGGAGCGACAAGAAGAACAAGCUUUGCGCCGUGCUCGCAACUUGCGCGUUCGUGCGCGCUCAAUCCCCGGUGUGCCCAUCAUCUAUGUGAAGCGUUCCGUCAUGGUCCUGGAGCCUAUGAGUACACCAUCAGAGAAUGUGCGUGAAGGCGUGGAGAGGGACAAGUUCCGCGUGGGCUUGCCCCAGCCGGAGUCGAAGCCAGAAGAUGGGCAAGAAAGUGCGGCGAAGAAGAAGAUCCCUGGGUUGAAAAAAGCAAAGGGACCGAACCCACUCAGUGUGAAGAAGCCCAAGAAGCGCGCAGCUGAGUCAACAGGGUCAAAGCCAUCACAAAAGGGUGCUGCUACGGAGGCCUCAAGAGACAACAAUCCCACUGAGCAGGCUGGUGGUGAAGAAGGCGAUGCUCCUAAGACCAAGAGGAGACGGCGUCAUCACAAGGGCGGAGCUCGUGAGGGAAACGAAGCUGGCCCUCACUCUACGGAGACUGCUCAGGCUAUGGAGUUGGAGGCUUGA